AUGCCCCCUGUAACAAACAAGAAGAUCAAGAUUCCCGAUCCACGUGGCACCAAAAACAGUAAAAAGUAUGCGCCUCGAGAAACAUUGGGAUUGAAUGAUGUCCAGUAUAAUGUACUCAUGAUCUUCAACAAGUAUCCCAACCUCAAAGAGGAGUAUGAGGGGGGCUGGAUUGCCGAGGUCCUGGUCCAGAACGUUAUAGUCAAUGCACGAGGCAAUUACAGCAGGUUGCUAAAGAAAAUAAAUUCAUCAUCAGAUUCGGGUUCUGCUGAAGUGAAGGAGGAGGAUAUAAUGAAUCCAUCAAGUGCUCAUGCCGAAGAUGACAACAAGAGUUAUGAUGACGACACUGCUGAAGACCAAGAAGAUCAAGGGCUAGGAUCCCCAGCAAACGUUAACACAUCGGCCAAAGGCCACCUUCACAAGGGAAAGGCUCGUGCAUCCACCCGUGGUGUAGUCUGGCCCCCCCGAAACAAUAAACACAAGCCACUUGAAUUUGAAGACGACAGUGAUGACCAAGUCCAUGCCACGGAAGACUUGAUGCCAUCUACAUCUACUGCAAAAAAAGGAACCUCCGUGGCCGUUAGUAUGGCAGCGCCUCGAAAGAAUACCCGAAACAAUCCUUCUGAUGAACGAAACAAUACCAUACCCGAACAACCUGAAUUCGAAGGCGAUAACAAUGACCAAGUCCAUACAAUGGAGGACUUGAUGCCAUCUACCUCUACUGCGAAAAAAGGAACCCCCAUGGCCAUCAGUAUGGCAGCACCUCGAAAGAAGAAUACCCGAAAUGACGUUGCAAAUGAACCCGGCCCAUCUCAAUCUCAGAAGAAAAGACCCCGUCCUGUGCCUCGCGAAGCUGCGCGCAAGGGCUGA